UUUGGGGAAAAAAAUCAAAAACCCUAUUUCCUCUUCUGAAGAGGCGUUGAUUUCAAGCAGGACAAAGACACCAAUAAAUAAAAAAAAACCCCAAAUUUGAGUCUUCUGAAAAUUCGAAAUUCCGGAUCCACCGCCAUAGAUCCAUCGCCUUCUCUCUCUCUAUCUCCGUGCAUCGCUUCGUCGGCGAAUCAGUAGGGUUUCUCGAAGCCGUUGUUAUUUGUUUUUGAGAAUCUAUUGUGCAAUGAGGAAAGGAGCGAAGAGAAAGGGUGCUUCGAAAGCAGGUCGCAAAGGUGCUGUUUCCGAGAGUCAGAACGACGAGGUGAUUGCUGAGUCUCUUGAGGCCUCGACGCAGGAGGAGAGCCAACAGCCCAAGGAAGACGUCGCCGUCGAGGAGGACAAGGAGAAGGAGAAUGGAAAAGAGGUCAAGGGAAAUCAGGAAGACGAAGAGGAAGCAAAAUCCGAUUCAUUAACGCAGGAGGAGAGCCAGGAGGACAAAGAGGAAGAUAAACCGGAGAAACCUGAAUCUGAGGAUAAGGUCAAAGACGCUUCUCCUUCUCAGAAACAGGAUGAAAUAAAGGAAGAUGAGAAGCAACCUGCUCGUCGUGGUGGUAAGCGGAAGAGAACCACGAAGAAGGAAGCUGAGACGAAGGAUGAGAAUAAACCGGCUCCGAGAGCCAAGAAAGCCCGACCGACCAAACCAGAGGAAGAGCCUGAGUACUUUGAGGAGACGCGUAAUCUGGAGGGUUUAUGGAAGGCCGCAUUUCCAGUGGGAACUGAGUGGGACAAAUUAGAUGCAGUUUAUGGAUUCAAUUGGGAUUUUAAGAAUCUUGAAGAAGCAUUUGAGGAAGGUGGAUUCCUCUACGGGAAGAAAGUCUUUCUUUUUGGCUGUACAGAACCUCAGUUAGUCCCAUACAAAGGCGCAGACAAGAUUGUCCUUGUCCCAGCAGUUGUUGCUGUUGAAUCACCCUUUCCACCUUCUGAUAAGAUAGGAAUAAAAUCGGUUCAGAGAGAAGUGGAGGAAAUCAUUCCAAUGAAGCAGAUGAAAAUGGAUUGGGUUCCUUACAUUCCGUUUGAAAAAAGAGAUAGACAAGUUGAUAGGAUGAACUUUCAAAUUUUUAGCUUGGGCUGUACGCAGAGGAGAGCUGCUCUCAGACAUAUGAAGGAAGAUCGUGUUAAGAAGUUUGAGUAUUGCCUUCCUUAUUUCUAUCAACCAUUUAAGGAAGAUGAAUUUGAACAGAGUACUGAGGUCCAAAUAAUGUUCCCCUCUGAACCUCCGGUUGUAUGUGAAUUUGACUGGGAGUUUGACGAACUUGAGGAAUUUGUCGAGAAACUGAUUGUAGAGGAAGCCUUACCUGCAGAACAAAAGGAUGAGUUCAAAGAAUAUGUCAAAGAGCAAGUUCGAGCAGCAAAGAAAGCUAAUCGAGAGGCAAAAGAGGCUCGAAAGAGAGCAAUAGAAGAAAUGAGUGAAGAGACUAAGAAAGCCUUUCAAAGUAUGAAGUUCUACAAAUUCUACCCUCAGCCUUCACCAGAUACACCAGAUGUCUCUGGCGUCAAGUCGCCGUUCAUUAACCGAUACUAUGGAAAGGCUCAUAAAGUCCUUUGAUAUCUAGUUUUCAGAACCCAGAAUAGCUUUUCUUGGCAGCUUCAACAGAAAUCAAAUUCAUUGAAUCACAGGUGCUCUCAGAAACUCUUUGAGCUAUUAUAGUUAAAGAGACAAGUUUGAACGAAAAAAUGUCUUUUCUUGUAUGAGUUUGUAUUCUCCUCCAGAAAUACUUAAAAUGUUAGAAGAGUCACGGGAACCAAAAUUUUUGUUUGUGGAAAAUUUGGAGACGGCAGUUUAUAAUUGUACCCUUUUAUUUUUCCUUAAUUUGCAAGUUAUUCUAGAAUUUA